AUGGCAUCGGACACAAACAAAAAGAAGACCAUGAUCUUCUUCCAUCCUGAUUUAGGAAUCGGAGGCGCAGAACGGUUGGUAAUUGAUGCCGCCGUGGGACUUCAGAAUCGCGGGUACAAAGUCGUUAUCUUCACCAGCCAUUGUGAUCCAAAACACUGCUUUGAUGAAGCGCGAGACGGUACUCUUGAUGUACGAGUCCGCGGUAACUGGCUUAUACCUGCCUCCAUUUUCUCUCGGUUCACGAUCAUAUGCGCCAUCCUCCGCCAGCUUCACAUUAUCUUCGCAACAUACUAUUAUUCCGAGUUCAAGAAGCUGAAACCAGAUGCCUUUUUCGUCGACCAACUCAGCGCUGGACUGCCGUGGCUGGCUUAUCUGUAUCCCGAGCCGCGAAUACUGUUCUACUGCCACUUCCCAGAUCUUCUGUUGGCGCAAGGCCGUUCAGCAUGGUGGAAGCGGGUGUACAGAGUACCUUUCGACUUCAUCGAGCAGUGGAGCAUGAGUUUCGCGGAUUCUAUUGCGGUAAACUCGGGUUUUACGAAGGGCGUUGUAGGUAGUGUGUGGCCGGAUCUGGUGGCAGAGAAAGAUUUGCAGAUUGUGUAUCCUUGUGUGGACAUCAAGGAGAAGAAGCCUGACUUUUUUGAUGAACCCGUUUCAGCGUGGCAUGAUAAGAGCAUACUAUUGAGCAUAAACAGGUUCGAAAGGAAGAAGGAUAUAGGACUUGCAAUCAAAGCAUAUGCUGGCUUAGAGAAGAAAGCACGCGAGAAUGUGAUGUUGAUUCUUGCAGGCGGCUACGACAACCGAGUUCAAGAGAAUGUUGUCUAUCACAAGGAACUUGUCCAAUUGGCUGAGAGUCUAGGUCUCAAGACCGCAACAACCAAAACGAUAGUCACGGCCUUGAAUGUCCCAGACAACGUCGAUAUCCUUUUCUUAUUAUCAGUGCCAAACGCAUUGAAAGAUGUUUUGCUCAAAUCGGCUCGUUUGCUGAUAUAUACUCCUUCUAACGAGCACUUCGGCAUCGUGCCGCUGGAAGCAAUGUUAGCCGGAGUUCCUGUCUUGGCUGCAAACACUGGAGGGCCACUCGAAACAGUAGUCGAAGGAAAAACUGGUUGGCUGUGCCCACCCGAGGACACCAAACGCUGGACAGCAGUCAUGAAUAACGUACUGCACAAGAUAUCGGACAAGGACAUCAAAAAAAUGGGUACUGCCGGCAUCGAUAGGGUCAAACGCGAAUUCUCAGACGUCAAAAUGGCAGAGAGACUCGAUGAGAUUAUUGCAGCUAUGGCUAAUGUUCCACGAAGGAGUUGUAUCCAAAUAUCGAUGUUCAGUAUGACCGUCCUCCUUUUGGUCUAUGACACAGGAUAUUACGUUUACAAAUCUCAAAAUCCAGAUGCUUAUGCCAUGGGGCCACAGAAGAAACUGCAGCCUCCAUUCACUUAUAGUGCGUUGGCAGCCCUCUGUUGGGUUGCGUACUUUGUAAUUGGUUUGAUAGGGAUAGGGAAGCCAAAGGCCCAGCAGGGAGCUACAUCGUCGAAAAAGAUUCAAUGA